GAGGAUGUUCCCCACCUGCAGAGUGUCGUUCAACGGGCUGAGGCCCGAAGGCUUCUACGCGGUGCUGAUGGACAUCGUGCCCGUGGACGAGAAGCGAUAUCGCUAUGCCUAUCACCGUAGCUGCUGGCUCGUAGCUGGCAAGGCCGAUCCCCCGGCGCCGGCGCGCCUCUACGUU